UUUUAUGAGACUUCAGGCUUUUAACUCAGGGAACUUUGUUCUUAGCUCCAACUGUAUUAGACUUUCCACUUCCAAUUUAUUUUGGAAAGACCGGCGCCAAGCUCCAGUUCUCUGCAACUUUCUAGCUCGGCGCCAUGGAUCUGGAUCUAUGGAUUCAGAAGGUUAAGGAAGGCCAGCAUUUAAUGGAAGACGAGCUUCAGCUCUUAUGUGAAUAUGUGAAAGAGAUUCUUGUGGAGGAGUCCAAUGUUCAGCCUGUUAAUAGCCCUGUAACUGUUUGUGGUGACAUUCAUGGCCAGUUCCAUGACCUAAUGAAACUUUUUCAAACAGGUGGCCAUGUGCCAGAGACCAACUAUAUUUUUAUGGGGGACUUUGUGGAUCGUGGUUACAACAGCCUUGAAGUAUUUACAAUUCUUCUUCUUCUUAAAGCCAGAUAUCCUGCAAACAUAACUCUUUUACGUGGAAAUCAUGAAAGCCGACAACUCACUCAGGUCUACGGCUUUUAUGAUGAGUGCCAGCGGAAGUAUGGAAAUGCAAAUGCAUGGCGCUAUUGUACUGAUGUUUUCGAUUAUCUUACUCUGUCUGCGAUCAUUGAUGGAACUGUUCUUUGUGUUCAUGGUGGCCUUUCUCCAGAUAUUCGAACAAUAGAUCAGAUUAGAGUCAUUGAACGAAAUUGUGAAAUCCCUCAUGAAGGGCCAUUUUGCGAUCUUAUGUGGAGUGACCCUGAGGAGAUUGAGACAUGGGCAGUAAGUCCACGAGGUGCAGGAUGGCUCUUUGGAUCGAGGGUUACUUCAGAGUUCAAUCACAUAAACAAUCUUGAACUGGUAUGUCGGGCACACCAGCUUGUCCAGGAAGGUCUCAAGUACAUGUUUCAAGACAAGGGUCUAGUGACGGAGAGAGAGGUAAAGUUCUUCACAGAGACAGAGGAGAACAAUGCAAUGAAAGGACCAAGAACAGGAGUUCCUUAUUUCCUAUAAGGUGAAUUUAUCCCUCAUUUUCUCCCUUUUUCUCCUUUCCUCCCCCUCAUUUUUGUGUGUUUCCACCCCGUGUAAAUUAGUUAAACUGAGGUGAUUUGUCUCUUGGAAAGCAUGUAAUAAGAGCUUUAAGAAAUCCUGGAGACUUUUCUAGCAAGUCUAUUUUUUCCAGUUGAAGGCCCACCUGUCUUCUCUGGUAACGCCCUUCUUUAUCCCCCUUCUCUUGGAAUCUGGGUGCUGUAUAUUAAUUUAAUCAUUCUCCUAAUUAUUGUUUUUUAUUUGGCAUCUUUGUAUCUUGGUUACCUAAUUGAAUAGGUAAACAAUGUGUCAUUGUAUGGUUAUUGGCUAGUUUGUCUGGACGGAAUAGGUACAUAUUACGGCUAGUCUUCCUUUUCCAGUCACUAGGGUUUAGGCUUUAGGGUCUAGAAUGUUUACAGGUUAAUACCUUAUUCUGAUUGGUUGAUUCGUGGCCUGAAUUCAGAGAAUGAUUAUAUUGUGGAAAUUGGGUUUUAUUUUGGUUGGUUUA